UCCCAUCUUUGGCUAAUCUUAUUGGCCGACACGGAGUCACCUGAUUAUCCUCGAGCAACUUUCAAUAUGGCGCUGUCGUUAUGCCCUGUCCUGAGAAGCGUGGAAGUCACUGUUGGGUGUUUGCGCUACUUCUGGAAAAUAGUUUAAUGAGAUGACAGGAAAAUUUCUCUUACGGAUUUGGUUUGUGAGGAACACCUUAUCACCACACCGAAGUGUAACAGCACAACUGCUUCUGAAAGCCUGGAACUACGUGCCUUUUGUUGAUCUUCAAGUCAGGACUCUUUCUUUUACUAAAGGCAUGGAUAGUGACCGGGCCCAACACAUGGAAACAGAUGGUUCUAAACUAGAGCAAAAUAUUGUUCAGCCACUUCCAGUGGACUCCAGCAGUGACAUUGAGCCUGUAAAAAAUGGUGAGACUCUAAUCACAGAAGGAAAGGCAAAAAUCAUUUUUCCAAGUGCCAACGAAGUUUUCUACAACCCUGUCCAGGAGUUCAACAGAGACCUGACGUGUGCAGUCAUUACGGAAUUUGCUCGUCUGCAGCUUUCAUCCAAAGGGAUUCACAUUGCAGUUCCUGGGGAGGAGAAUGUCUCAAAAGUGGUCGUGGAACUUUCAACAGGGGAACAAGAGGAUGAGUUGCAGCCACCACCUCCUGCGGAUAAGGAGGAGCACAAAGUUGCUUCUGUUGGAGAAGUGUGCCAGGAAGGACUCCGAGUCCUGGAGGCUCUGGCUGCUUCUGGAUUGCGUUCGGUCCGGUUUGCCAAGGAGGUUCCAGGCCUUCGCAGUGUCAUAGCAAAUGACGUCUCCUCCAAGGCUGUCGAACUCAUCACCCAGAACAUUCAGCUGAAUGACACGGAGCAUCUGGUGACUGCAAGCCUGUCAGAUGCCCGGAUGCUGAUGUACCAGCACAAGGCUGCCAAAGAGUUCUUUGAUGUCAUUGACCUGGAUCCAUAUGGAAGCCCUUCUAUGUUUCUUGAUGCUGCGGUGCAGGCUGUGAGUGAAGGAGGCCUGCUGUGUGUCACAUGUACCGACAUGGCUGUAAUGGCUGGGAACUCUGGGGAGACCUGCUACAGCAAGUAUGGGGCCAUGUCUAUCAAGACCAAGUUCUGCCAUGAGAUGGCCCUGCGGAUUAUCCUGCACAGCCUCGACCUGCGUGCCAAUUGCUACCAGCGCUACAUUGUCCCACUGCUGUCAGUCAGUGCUGAUUUCUAUAUCCGUGUCUUUGUCAGGAUCUUUUCUGGGCAGGCCAAGGUCAAAGCUAGUGCCAGUAAACAGGCCUUGGUUUAUAAUUGUGUGGGCUGUGGCUCGUUUCAUGUCCAAAGACUUGGCAAAGUGGCUCACAAUGGAAACAAUAUCAACUACAAGGCCGCCUCUGGCCCUCCUGUGGGAUUAUCGUGUGAACACUGCCACCAGCGGCACCAGCUGGGUGGCCCCAUGUGGGCAGAGCCACUGCAUGAUGCGGAUUUUGUCCAGCGAGUCCUAUCAGCAGUUGGGAGCAAUCCAGGGCGCUUCCAGACAAGCCAGCGGAUUCAGGGGAUCCUGAGCAUGGCAAUUGAGGAACUCAGGGACAUCCCUCUUUAUUACACCCUCGAUCAUCUCAGCAAAACCAUCCACUGCAACAGUCCCUCCCUGCUGCAGUUCAGGUCAGCUCUCCUUCAUGCUGGGUAUCGAGUGUCUCUGUCUCAUGCCUGCAAGAAUGCUAUCAAGACAGAUGCACCAUCAUCUGUGGUCUGGGAUAUAAUGCGCUGCUGGGAAAAACUCAACCCCGUGAAGAGGGAGCGCCUUUCAGAGAACUGUCCAGCUGCCUGCAUCCUCUCUGUGGAACCCAAGCUGCAGGCAUCCUUCACUGUCCGGGCAGACGCUAAUCCCAACUCACGGAAGCAAGGCCUGAAACGGUUCCAGCUGAAUCCUGAGCCCAACUGGGGGCCUAAAGCAAGAGCCAAAGCUGGGUCUGCCGGGCAGGGGCGGGAUCUCUUCCUCUCUGCAGGAAAAGAGGAAGCUGCACCAGAACAAGAGGAAGGGCUGUGCAGAAGAGAGUGAUGGGAGCCACCUGAAGAGCUUUCCCUGCAAACGGUUCCGGGAGGGCAACUGUUUACUCGGGGACUCCUGCCGUUACUCCCAUGAGACAGAAAGCGAGAGUGAGCAAAACUCCAAAACGGACGCGUGAUGAAACAGCCCUAAACAUUUGCUUCUGGUCAGGUUUUUUUUAAAAAAAUUGCAUUAACUGAUAUUUUUUAUUUCAAAAUGCCUGCCCAUCAAGUAUGAUCUGUCUGCCAUUAAAUGAAUGGUGGUGUUUCUC